CAAGUUGUAAGUUUUCUCUUAGAAACACCUCUCUUGAUUGUGGUGGAUGUCACCAGGGAUGGAUCCAGAAAUAUAAUAGACCGGGGGCCGAAAUCUUUUAUAAUUUAUUUUAAUAUCAAAUAAUAGUCAAAAUUGUAUAAUCUAAAAAUUAAAAUUGAUUGUUUUAAUAAAAAAAAUUAAGGUGGGAGAUGGUACCUUAUUCCAAAGUAGAAAAGACAUUUAAGCUUAGAAAAUUAAAGUUGAAAUUGAUAAAGGAUUUUUUUUCUAUUAUUAUCAUAAUCAUCAUCAUUAUCUUCUAAUCCUUAAAUCUAAAAAAAUAUUUAUAAAAUCAAAUAGUAACAAAACCAAAUAUUUUAAUAUUUGUUAUUGUCAUUCAUUUGCUACUCCAAUCAGUACUAUGAAAACUGAAAUAAAAUCUAAAUAUGAAUGAAACUGAAUACGUACGCAAUUGCCUUUUUUUAAUUUUUGGGAUUGUUACUUUAGCUUAGUUCAGUGACUUCUACCUCUUAAUAUAUUUUCCUGUUUCCUUCUUUCAAUAUAAAUAUAUGGUUUUCUUCUCUCUAUUAUUUUAUACAGUAGUAGUUGAUGAAAGGAGAGGGGCCAAGGCCCAUGCCUGCCAUCCCCUGUGUCCGUCUCUGGAUGUCACCAUGUUUGAGUAGUGUACUUGGAGAUCUGUGAAAAUGUUGCCGUAAUUUCGUCCUGUAAACGAGAUAAGAUUGAAAACAAAAACAUUGUCCACAUGGGUGAUGACGUUUUAGCCUCUGAGACAGCAGAACAUAUGGUUUCUACUCCUCCACCUGCUAUCUCUAACACUACCAAUGUGUUGCCGCUUCGCACUAGAUCGCGUAGGAAUCGGUCUGAUGCUUGGAAUCACUUUACUGCAGAGCCAGACUCAACAAAGAAAGCUAAAUGCAAUUAUUGUGGUUCCUUGAUCAAGUAUGAUAAAGGAACAAGCGCCAUGCGUGCUCAUUAUACAAGAUGCAAGGAUAAUCCAAAGAAAGAUGUGAACAAGAGGCAGAAAUCAGUUUCGUCCUCAACGGAAAAUUUGGAGGGACAUAUUUGUACUUCUCCCACAACACCCAAGUUUGACAGCGAAGCAAUCCAUAAUGAAAUGGUUAAGAUGUUCGUAGCUCUGGAGAUUCCUUUUGAACGCGUGGAUCAUGCAGCUUUUCACAAUUUUAUGAGUGUUGUUCAACAAGGAUUUAAGGUCCCCUCAAGCAUAGCACUAACUCAUGAUGUUUUGAGUCUAUGGGAAACAGAAAAGACAAGGUUGAAGAAGUUUCUUUCUCAACAGUGUCAGAGAGUCUGCCUCACCAUUGACACGUGGACUUCUUCCCAAAAUUUAUGUUACAUGUGUUUGACAGUCCAUUUCAUUGACAAUGAAUGGAAGAUGCACAAGAAAGUUUUAAAUUUUUCUCAAGUAACUAGCCACUCAGGAGAGACUAUGGCUAAGACUAUGGAGCAGUGCUUGAAUGGAUGGGGACUAAAUCGUGUGCUUAGUUUGACAGUCGACAAUGCCUCAUUUAGUGAUGUCGAGAUUCUACAUCUGAAAAACAAGCUUGUGUCUUGGAAUAGUUUAGUUUUAAAUGGAGAUUUCAUUCAUAUGCAUUGCUGUCCGCAUGUUUUGAAUUUGAUUGUGGAGGAAGUAUUAGAGGAGAUUGGUGAUUCUAUUAUGAGAAUUCGGGCCGCCGUGUGGUACAUAAGAUCUUCUCCUUUGAGAUUUUCUAGAUUUAAGGCUUGUGUUGAGCAGCAAAACAUCGAAUGUAAAGGUUUUGUUUGUCUAGAUUUUGAAACAAGAUGGAACACAAUAUAUUUAAUGUUAGAGGAUGCAUUGAAACAUCAGAAGACGUUUGAAAAACUUGAGACGAAAGAUCAUCAAUAUGUUGAUGAGUUAACAAAGGAGAAAGGUGUCCCUACAUGUGAAGAUUGGGAAAUUGUACGUUCAAUCCUUCCCUUUUUGAAAUUGUUUUAUGACGCUACUCUACGCAUCUCUAGUUCCACUUGUGUGACUAGCAAUAUGUAUAUGUUUGAGGUCCUAGGUAUUGGAAUGACAAUCAAGCAAAUGUGCAAUUCUAGGGAUGAACGUAUACGUUUGAUGGCCAAAAACAUGAAAAAGAAAUAUGAUAAGUAUUGGGGAAAUCCCAAUAAUCUAAACAUGUUGUUGUUGAUUGCUCUCGUAUUAGACCCUAGGCACAAAGUGAAGUUUGUAAAUUGGUGUGCCAAUCAAAAUUAUAAUGGUGAAGAGGCAACUUAUUUGGUGGAUAAAUUAAAAUCUUGUUUGAACUCACUUUUUGAGGAGUAUAAUGGUGGGUUGGAGGUGUCUCACACUAACUCUAAAGAAGGUGGUUAUAAUGAUCCAUAUGGCUUUAAUAAGUUCUAUCAAUCAAGUGAGUGCAACAAAUUUGAAUCUGAAUUAACUAAGUACUUGGAUGAAGCUUUAGAGAGUCGUGGAGAUUUGGAUGUCCUAAAUUGGUGGAAGCUAAACUCAAGCCGAUUUCCAAUCGUUGCAAACAUAGCAAGAGAUGUAUUGGCUAUACCUGUCUCCACUGUUACCUCUGAGUCUGUCUUUAGUGUUGGUGGAAGGGUGCUUGAUUCAUAUCGAAGUUCUUUACCAUCAACAACAUUGGAAGCUCUUAUUUGCACCCAAGAUUGGCUUAUGGAAACAUCUUCACCAUUGCUUACAAAUGUGGAUUUUGAGAAAAUUGAGCAAGAACCGAUUUCUUCAAAUGAUGUUGCUGGUCUUGAUGAUGACUGAUGGAGUGGUUUUUUAUUUAGUAUUAGGUGUUGUCGGAGUAGGAAUAUCUGGAGUCCUUUGGUGCCUUAUUCAUGUCACCUCAUGUGAUGAUAAUAAAUCUUGGUUGGUGGCUUUUUUAGGAGGAUGGCAGAUGAGGAUGUCCGCUGGCAAGAUUCUUCUUCAGGGGUAUGAAGUUUGUGUGAUGAGUGAUUUUCAUUAAAGAAGAAAACCGAUCAAUUGGAUACUAUUAAAUGGAGAGCUUUGAGAUUGCAGACUUGAAAUUACUCAUGGGAUAGUGAAGCAGUAAUGCACAAUACUUGUAUUCUAGAUGUAUGAUUUAAGGUGGAGACUAAGCUGGGAAAACCGUUGUAUCAGUGCAACAGUUUAUAUAAACCGUUGGAUGUAUACUAAAAAUUAUCAAUGAUUUUAAUGGGAAUAUCAAGUGGACAAAUCAUUUGGUAAUUAGUAAGUAUAGAGAGUUAGGAGGCAUUGGAUCGAAAUCCAAGGGUGCUUCAGUUGAUCAAAACUCUGGGAGGGGUCCUCGACAAGUGGCUUGAAUGAUCCUCAUCGUCAUUAUCUUGGGCCAUGAAUGGUAAAGGAAAGAUCAUCACUCUUAUCUUCCAAGGAUCAUAGAGACUCCUGCUCCAUCUUGCCUCUUCCCCUAUCUCCAAGAAUUUCAAAGCUUUGGGUGCUUAAAUUUCAGAUCGGAUCUCUUUCUCAAUCCCAAUUUCAUAAGUCGACUUAUUUCUCACAUAUUCCUUCAAUUAGUAUGCAUGAGUAUUUGACUUGUUUCAUUUUUGGUACUGACGUUAACUUUUGUGCUACAGAGUGAUAAAGUGACUAGAUGGUUUGGGGAAGGAACAUAAAGGUUGGAUAGAUAAGGUCUCGGGUUCAGUUCAACUCCCUCUACCUACAAAAUAACAACUAACAUUUGUCAUUUAAAGUGAACUUCUUUGUACUUGUGUGAACAACUUAUUUUUUAAAAUUACGGGAUGGAAAUAGUUUGGUUAUAACUGAAUUUCUAUUAUGGAAAUGGAAAUUUAGAUUGGGAUGGAAAUAGUUUGGUUAUAACUGAAUUUCUCUUAUGGAAAUGUAAAUUUAGAUUGAGCUGAAUGUUUGGAUUAGCUUAUUGAAGAAGUUGUAGUCCAAAAUAUCUCAGCCUAAAGAUGAAUAGUACAAGUUCACUUAUUUGUUUGUGUUAUGUUAUGUCUAAAUAUAUAUUUGUUUUUAGA